GGUUAUUUUAAAUAGGUGGGACCGAAACCGCUCCGUUUCCUGGAAACUUUGUUUUCCCUUUCUUUCCCUCCGCCAUCCCCGGCCGCGGGGGUGUGCGCGGCGGCGGCGGCGGUAUAAAUGGAGCGAGCGGCGGGGCCGGGCGGCGGGCGGUGAGGGGCAGCUCCCCUGGCACCAGGACCAGGACCAGGACCAGGACCAGGACCAGGACCAGGACCAGGACCAGGACCAGGACCAGGACCAGGACCAGGACCAGGACCAGGACCGCGACCGCGACCGCGACAUCCCGCUACCAGCACCAGGACCGCGACAUCCCGGUACCGGGCACCAUGGCCGAAGAGCUGGUGCUGGAGACAUGGGACCUGCAGUGCGAGCGCAACAGCCGGGAGCACCGGACGGUGGAGAUGGGCUGCCAGCAGCUGGUGGUGCGGCGGGGGCAGCCCUUCACCAUCACCCUGCACUUCUCGGGCAGAAGCUACGAGGAGGGGGUGGACAAACUCGCCUUCAACGUCGAGACGGGGCCCUGCCCCAUCGAAACAUCGGGAACCAGGUCCCACUUUGCCGUGACCAACUACCCAGAGGAAUCGGGCUGGAGCGCCGUGAUCCAGCAGGAGGACGAGGGGUCGCUCUCCAUCUCGCUCUGCUCUCCCCCCAACGCCCGUGUCGGCCGCUACAGCCUGACACUGGAGACCUCCACCGGCUACCAGGGCACCAGCUGCCACAUCGGGGACUUUGUUCUGCUCUUUAACGCCUGGCACCCAGAGGACACGGUUUUCCUCCGAGACGAGGACGAGCGCCGCGAGUACGUGCUGUCCCAGCAGGGACUCAUCUACCAGGGCUCCCGCGACUACAUCACCUCCACCCCCUGGAACUUUGGCCAGUUCGAGGAUGACAUCUUGUCCAUCUGCCUCAACCUGCUGGACAUAAACCCCAAAUUCCUGAGGGACCAGAACCAGGAUUGCUCCCGCCGCAAUGACCCCGUGUACAUCGGCAGGGUGGUGAGCGCCAUGGUAAAUUGUAACGACGAGGACCGGGGGGUGCUGGCGGGGCGGUGGGACAACAAUUACGAAGACGGGACGAGCCCCAUGGCCUGGAUCGGGAGCGUGGAUAUUCUCAAGAGGUGGAAGAAGUUUGGGUGUCAGCCAGUCAAGUACGGCCAGUGCUGGGUUUUUGCUGCCGUGGCGUGUACCGUCAUGCGGUGCCUGGGGAUCCCCAGCCGGGUGGUGACCAACUACAACUCAGCUCACGACACCAACGGUAACCUGAUCAUCGACCGCUACCUCAACGAGACGGGGAAGGAGGACCGGCGCUCCAGGGACAUGAUCUGGAACUUCCACUGCUGGGUGGAAUCCUGGAUGGCCCGUCCAGACCUGGCACCCGGCUACGAUGGCUGGCAGGCGCUGGACCCGACGCCCCAGGAGAAGAGCGAAGGGGUUUUCUGCUGCGGGCCGGCCCCCGUCAAAGCCAUCAGGGAGGGCGACCUGCAGCUGAAGUACGACAUCCCCUUCAUCUUCGCGGAGGUGAACGCCGACGUGGUGUACUGGGUGGUGCAGGGCGAUGGGACGCAGAAGAAGAGCACCCACUCCUCGGUCGUGGGGAAGAACAUCAGCACCAAGAGCGUGGGGAGGGACAGCAGGGAGGACAUCACCCACACCUACAAGUACCCGGAGGGGUCUGAAAAGGAGAGAGAAGUUUUUGCGAAGGCAGAGCACGAGACGAGAUCGCUCAGGGAGGAGGACGAGGGGCUGCACCUCAAGAUCAAGCUGUCGGAGGGCGCGAACAACGGCUGCGACUUCGACGUCUUCGCCGUCAUCAACAACAGCACAGACACGGAGCGAGUCUGCCGGCUCAUGCUGUGCGCUCGACCCACCAGCUACAACGGCACCGUCGGGCCCCAGUGCGGCAUGAAGGACCUGCUGAAUGUCACCCUCGAACCCUGGGCAGAAAAGAGAGUGCCCCUGCGGAUCCUGUAUGAGAACUACAGGGAGAACCUGACCCAGGACAACCUCAUCAAGGUGGUGGCUCUCCUGACCGAGUACCAGACUGGUGACGUCAUCGUGGCCAUCAGGGACGUCUACAUCCAGAACCCGGAGAUCAAGAUCAGGAUUUUAGGGGAGCCGAUGCAGAAUCGGAAGCUGGUGGCAGAGAUCAGCCUGGUGAACCCCCUCGCAGUCCCCCUGAACAACUGCGUGUUCGUGGUGGAGGGCACCGGUCUCACCGAUGGGCAGCAGGUCAAGGAGCUCGAGGAGCCCGUGGAACCGCAGGCGGUGGCCAAGUUCAGGUUGGAUUUCGUGCCGAGCCAGGCCGGGCUGCACAAGCUGAUGGUGGACUUCGAGAGCGACAAGCUGACGGGGGUGAAGGGCUACCGCAACGUCAUCAUCGCGCCCCAGCCCAACUGAGCGGCCGCCGCGGCCCCCCCCCGCCCCUGCUGCAGAGACCCUGCCUCCCCUCCUGCUCGGGGGCUCGCCGGCCCCCCACUCGCUUUACCCAAAGACGGUCCCAGCGGCGCAGGGAAGGACAACUGCCGAAGCCCAGCCUGACCCCGACGCAGCGGCCGCGAUGCCGUGCUCCUCCCCGGGAGCGCUCGGUGCUGUGGGGAGAGAAGCGACGGCAGCAGGGAGAGGAGAGAGGGGCUGGGGGUGUUCGGGGGCUCCCUGCGGCAGCCGCUCGCUUCACCACCUUUCCCUCACCCCGCAGGGUGACAAUGUCCCCGUCCUGCCUGUCCCGGGUGCAGCAGGGACCCCCGAGACCAGCACCGCCGGGCUGGGGCCGGCCCCCUCCUCCUUCUGCAGCGCUGCCAGCCCCGGCCCGUGGAGCGGAUUUCAUAAAUCAAAGAGCAGAACAAACUUCUCCAGCACUGACUGCACCUCCGCCGUGCUCACGCGUGCCGUUACAGUUCUCUGGACGUGAUUCAGCAGAGAAAAGAUUGUAUACUGUGAGCACAAGGCUGUUUAUACGCUAUAUACAUAUAUAACAAAUCUAUUUAUAGCUAUAUAAAUACAUACUGCAUAUAACCCUCCUGCACAGGUAGAGCGGGGUAUUCGCUUUCAUAACAGUUGCUGUCACUGCACCCGCUGCGCAGUGACGGAUGGGACGUUACCUUGACAUGAAUUAACUAUGCAAGCACCGAAUAAAAACUCUAUUUUUCACUUUUAAAGCCA